AUGUCUGCUUUAUUACCGUUAGCCUCCUAUAAUUUAGAAUUACAACCAUUUGCUCCACAGCCAUGUCAGACUGAGGAUUUCCCAAUAACUGUUAGACUCACGUUAGCUUCAAUUGACCCUGAACCUGUUGAUACCAAAAAGGAACCUUCCACUCUAAGAAUUCUGAAAAAGUCUCCUGUUUUUAGUGGUGAAGCCGAGGAUGAUGACGAAGACGAAGACGAAGAUGAUGAAGAUGACGAAUCAGAUGAAGAAAUGGAGGAUGACAAUGAAAACACUAAAGGUAAGCAAAAUAGUGAAAGUGAAGGAGAUUCUGAUGAUGAUGAUGAUGAUGAAAUUGAAGAUGAUGAAGCAAUUGAGGAACAUGUUAUUUGUACCCUUUCCCCAUCCACCCAAUUUCAACAAACUUUAGAUUUAACAAUUUUACCUGAUGAAGAAGUGUUCUUUGUUGUUACUGGUUCCUACACCGUUCACUUAACAGGUAAUUACGUCGAACAUCCAAACGAUGAAGACGAAGAUGAUUAUAUCUAUGGUGAUGGAUCUGAUGAUGAGUAUGAUGAUGAUGAAUAUGACUUAACCCCGGAUGAAGACGAAAUUUAUGAUUUAGAUGAUUUAGAUAAUGUCGAUGAUAUUGAAGGUAAGAUUGAGGAAUUGGUUGAAGAAGACGAAAAGAAUCUUAAAAAGAGAGAGUCUGAGCAAGCAGAUGAGAAGGAAACCAAAAAGCAAAAGAAGGAGAAGAAGGAGAAGACAGUUAAGUUCAACAAGGAAUUAGAACAAGGCCCAACAGGUCCUGCUGCUGAAGAAAAGAAGGCAGAAAAGAAGGAGACAAAGAAGGAAUCCAAGAAGGAAGAGAAGAAGGAAUCCAAGAAGGAAGAAAAGAAAAAGGCCGAGAAGAAGGAAGUAAAGAAGGAGGAGAAGAAGAAGCCGGCAGUGAAGACUCUUCCAGGUGGAGUGAUCAUUGAGGAUAAAACAUUCGGUACUGGGCCAGUGUGUAAGAAGGGACAAAAAGUUGGUGUUAGAUACAUUGGUAAAUUAAAGAAUGGUAAGGUUUUCGAUAAGAACACUUCAGGUAGGCCAUUCCACUUUGGUCUUGGUAAAGGUGAAGUUAUCAAAGGUUGGGAUAUAGGUGUUGCGGGCAUGGCUGUUGGCGGUGAAAGAAGAAUAGUCAUUCCUGCUCCAAUGGCAUAUGGAUCUCAAAAGUUGCCAGGUAUUCCAGCAAACUCAGAACUCAUUUUCGAUGUCAAAUUGUUAUCCAUCAAAUGA